AUGCUUAAAGAAUAUUCUUUUAAGAGAACACAUUUGGAUGAAGAUACACCACUUUUUAAAUUCUGGAAGGAUGUGAAGAAUAUUGAAAUUGACAAAAAAAUAAUUUCUCUAACAGAAGGUGUUUACUUGUUGGGUAAUAUAGAACAAGGAUCAAAUAUUUUUGUUCGUCAAUGUUAUAUUGAUCUCUCCAAGAUAAUUUUUGACAGUGACAAAUUGGAAAACUUUUGCAUUACAGGAACUCCAGGAAUUGGAAAGACAUUUUUUAUUUACUACCUGCUUAUUCAAUUGAUAAAAAAGGAGAUUAGUGUAGUGUAUGAUCAAGUCGAUCAGAGUCCAAUUUUCUUUCAUCAAGGAAACAUAUAUGAAGGAACAUUAGAUCUGUUUCAUAAUGAAUUAAAUAAAUCAGAUGUUUGGUAUCUUGUUGACGGACACCAUCCAAGGAACUGUGGAGCUAAAACUAUUCUUGCAACUUCACCACAAAAAGAUAACUAUCGAAACUUUCAGAAGCGGGCUGGAACAAGAAAACGUUUUAUGCCAGUAUGGACUUGGGAUGAAAUAUCUGCAUGCAUUUCUAAAAACGUUUAUGAUGAUUCAAUGGAGAGCUUAAAUGUUACUUCCAAAAUUUUAUAUCCCAAAGUUGAUUAUAAAAAUGCUAAAAAAUUGUUUGGAAUGUGGGGAGGUAUACCACGAGUUGUUUUGCAAGAUGCAAGCACAAAAACUGUAAAUGUGAUAAAUCAAGAAAUGGAAGGUGCAAUCAAAUUUUGUGAUCUUGAUAUGAUAGUAAAAAUAAUUGGAGAUGUGAUUGAUCCUAAGCUUGAAGUUCACAAUAAGAUUGUGCAUAUAUACACUAAUGUUCCUGAUGAAGAACAAGAUAAUGUGGAUAAUAAUACUAUGGAUGUGUGUAAAGAAAUUGAUGAUUCAUUAUUUCCACCAUAUGCCCAGCAAUUG